GUUGUAAAACUAUGGAUACCUUUUGGACACUACUGUACCUAAGUUUGGGAUUGAUUGGAUGCCUGCACUUGGGCCAGGCAAAGGAGAUGGACAGUGUUGCUCAACCAAAUAACGCGACUGGAGCACACCCGAAUAUAUUAUGUAAUCCGGCAUGUGGAGAUAAUAUGGUGUGCGUGGAGCCCAAUAAUUGUCGACCAGUGUGUACACAAGGCUGUGGUGAGCACGGCAUUUGCAGUGCCCGCGACACAUGUGGCUGUGAGCCGGGCUACGAGUUCGAUGUGGAGCACUAUCGAUGCCUGCCCAAAUGUUGGCCGGCGUGUGGACCGCACAGUGUCUGCAAGGAGCGUGAUAUUUGUGAGUGUUUGCCCGGCUUCAGCGGCACAGACUGUCAGCCAGACUGUGACAAGGACUGUGGCGAGCACGGAACCUGUGUGGCUCCGAACAAAUGUGCCUGCAAGGAGGGCUACGAUUGGCACAACAAGACCAACACUUGUCGGCCCAAAUGUCAUCCGCUUUGUGGACCCAACAGCCAGUGUGUUCGCCCCGAUGUCUGCCAGUGUAUGCGGGGCUACGCGGAGCUAAAUGGCAUUUGCCACACAAUGUGCCCACACGGCUGUGGCCAGCACGGCAUCUGUGUGGGUAUCGGGAAAUGUGUCUGCGACACCGGCUACGAAUGGGAUAAGCUGGAGGCGAAAUGCCGACCCAAAUGUGAGCCAAGAUGUGGACUGCAUAGCUACUGCGACAGAUCGAAUCAUUGCAAGUGCAACAAGGGUUUUAUACCCAACGAUUUGCAUAGCCUCAGCUGUUCCAGGCCUCUGAGCUGGUGGAUCUAUCUGGUGAUCGCCAUCAUGGUACUCCUAAUACUCUGCAGCGUGAUCGGCAUAAUAGUCUACUGCGUGAAACGCGGCAAUAAUGUCAGCUACUAUCCCAAUUCAAAUUUCUCGGAUACGUCCAGAAUUGUGGGAAAAAUAAUUCCCUGGAGUGUGAUAAGUUUGUUCAUGACACAUCCAUGGCUAGUCCUUGCACUCGUCCUCGCCUCCUGUCCGUGGAUGUGGGCGCAACGCGGAUCCGUGUGCCAAGUGCGAGUGCGUAGCAAAUCGGGAAAGUUGGAUAAACAAAGUUGGGUGCUGCGCAACGUCUGCUGCAAGGGCUACGUGGGCAGCCCGGGAAACUGCCGACCCCGCUGCUCGCCCAGCUGUGUGCACGCCCAGUGCACCGCCCCCCAGCAGUGCACCUGCAACGAGGGCUACGAGACAGUCGACAGCAUCGACAGCAGCAACAUGCCAGGCUGCCAGCCCAAAUGCAAUGCCUGUCGCUAUGGGGAUUGCCUGGCGCCCGGCAACUGCCGCUGUUGGCCAUCCUUUGAGAAGCAGCCGAUUGUGGGCUGCGAGCCUGUGCAGCACCUGAUUUUGCCGGCGGAGCAGUGUCUGAGGGAGGAUUGCAGCUGCUGGCAGAAGUACUUUAGCUGGACACCAUUGCUCACUGUGCAGCCCAAGUGCGUCAGCAUCUGCCGAACGGGACAGCCGAAGCCUUGCCUGGAACUGGAACAAUGCGUGUGCAAUAGCCUUAAUCAUCUCCUGAUUUGCGAGCAGCCGGAGCAUGUGCUGCCUCAGCAAUAUGGCUGUCAGGUGAUCAAUGGGCCGCCAACUGCUUAUCGGAGAAAGCACACGGUUAAGCAUAUAGAUCGAACAGUAUCGACUGAUCUGAGAGAUCGUAAAAAUCGGACAGAUCGGCCAACUAAGAUAUUUCCAGUUUGGACUCAUCAUUAUAAUCAGUCAGAUGAGGAAUCAAAGAUAACCCAGGCAAAUCGAGAAGUUCAGUCAGAUCGACAAGACAAAAAAGUUCAUCAUAUAGUAGAUCAAAAAAAUCAGGAAAGUCGGGCUGAUAACACGCAGAUUGGAAGUCGAAUAGAUCAUCGCCCAGGUCGGCCGGAUAGGUUAGACAGAAGGCAUCGAAAAGAUCAGUUAGAACGGCCAGAUGUGCCAGUUGAGAAAGUGGAUAGAUACCACACAUACGAUUCAGCACAAACCGAUCCCACAACUCAGACAGGUCGCCCAGUGCAGACUUUUCAUUUAUUUGGAAAACAUAAAAAGAAUCAAACAAACCAGCCAGAUCCAACAGAUCAGGUAACUGCUUCAGACUGGCCACCUCAGGCAGAUGAAAAUGAGGAGGAUCAUACGGAAAAUAUACAUAGAAGAGAGCCAAAAAAUUGGGAAUACGAGACAGAUCGAUUAGAUCAACAGCCCAAACGUAGGAAAGAUCAUGCUAAACGACACAAACAGAAACCAAUUUUAUUUGAGGCAGAUGAUAUAACUCAAGCAGAUAAAUCAGAUCGGACAGAUCCAGUAAAUCAGUCAGAUCCAGCGACUGAGACAGUUCCAGUUCCAGUUCAACCUAAAUCGAAUUAUCCAUAUAUGACCAAAUCCGAACAGGCGAGUCUUGUAAAAUGGCUCAUCAUUUUGGGCUGCAUUAUAAUCGGAAUUAUUGUUGUUGUGAGUUUGUUUGCUGUAUGUUUCAAAAUGCAGAGUCCCCUCGAUAUAUGUGAACGAGAUAUUAUGUAGAUAAUACUAUCUAUCUAUCUGGCAUACGAAAAUUAACUGAGUUCAGUUCUCUGCUUGCUUCGACUUUAUAAGUCUGAUAUAAAGUUCUGGGGAGCAGAGAAAUGAAAUUCUCAUAUUAACGUAAAUAUGGCGGACCUUAAACUUCUUUAGACCUUCUUCUCAGUUCUAUCAUUUACAUGAUCUCCAAAACUAAGGUAAAAUUAAUAAAGAAAUU